CGUGCACAUUUCAACGAUAUCAUCGUUGAAAUGUGCACCGGCACAUUCAGUGUUCAUGAAUCACAAAUUAUACAAUUUUUUUGAAUGGAAACAUAAGCUUAACUUCAUAAAGACUAUCAUUUAUAGGAAAAGGGAUAAUUAGUUUGAAAGUUUUGAAUAUACACCAAAUAGUUUCUGAGGUAUAUAUUAUAUAGUGCAAAGCAGUGUUUGCGCAACAAUGUUGGACUGCCUUAUAAGAGAGCGCAGCUUUGGCUGCGGAUUCAGUUCGAUCCAACCAACGAUGUCGGAGGUUGCUAACGAAUUUAAAGUGGACGAAACCUGCUUGUUCGAUAUGGACGCCUGCUAUGAAACAUUUGACAAAGAUGGGGAUGGUCUAUUAAAUCUUGACGAGUUCCGGUUGAUCUGUAAGGCGCUAUUCCGUAACGAUAAGGGUCACAUUUACCCUAUAUCUGAGGAAAAGGCUAGUCAUGUCUUCCAGGUGUUCGACAAAAAUGAUGACGGCUUUAUUGAUAAGGAGGAAUUCAGCUUCUGCUGGAAUCAUUGGAUCAAAGUCAUUGUGCGGCCAGUGAGCGCCUUCCUGAUAGUGGACGUGCAAAAUGAUUUUAUCUCUGGCACUCUCAAUAUCAGCAAGUGCAACGCGCAGCAGGACGGCAGUGAGGUGGUAGAUCCUAUCAACAGACUGCUGGAGACGGUGCCGUUCGACUGCGUGUUCUACUCUCUGGACUGGCAUCCACCGGAUCACGUAUCUUUCAUCGAUAACGUCCAUAUGCGAGAGCUGCAUCCUUCUAGUCCUGUUUCAGCUGAUAAAGCGCAGGCUUAUGACACUGUGGUUUUCGCGGGCCCACCUCCCAUGAAGCAGAGACUCUGGCCGCGCCAUUGCGUGCAGGAUACCUGGGGAGCUGAACUGCAUAAAGAACUCAAGGUGGUAGAAAAGGCGAUCAAGGUGUAUAAGGGCACCAAUCCUGAAGUGGACUCGUACUCCGUGUUCUGGGACAACAAGAAGCUGACUGACACCAGCCUCAGCACGCAACUUCGUUCACGAGGAGCGACUGACAUCUAUAUAUGCGGGCUGGCCUACGACGUAUGCGUGGGAGCAACAAUUGCAGACGCGCUCGCCAUAGGCUACCGCGCGGUGUUGGUGGACGACGCCAGCCGGGGAGUCGACCUUCAGGAUAUCGAGAACACCAAGCGAGCCAUCCUCGAUAACCACGGAGUCAUCGUGGACUCGCAUCAGGUAUUGGCCAUGGUGGAAGGUCGUGAUCGAAGACCGGAACUCGGCUACAAGCUCGCAAUGGAGCUCAAGGACGCUCUGGAAGAUCAGUAAAAUAACAAAUACAUACAAAAACAUUUCAAUACACAAACGUAAACUACGAUUUUUUUAUAAUCGCUAGGGAAAGUAAAUAUUCUAUCACACUUAGUGUUGCCAGACAUUUUCAAUGUUGGAAACAUAUAAAAACCAAUGCACAUAUAUAUUGAGAAGCAUAUAUGUAGAUAAACAUCAAUGGAUAGAGUAGGCCGGAGUAGGUAGGAGUGGUAUUAUAGUAGAUUAACAAGAAAACUAAAGUAGUGAGACGUUAGUCAACUGUUACUAUUAUACCAAUAGCGAUAGCUACGUCAUUAAUACCUUUUUGCCAAUUCAACAAAAUGAAUAAUUACCAGGAAAAAAAACCAUGUCAAUAACCUCUAAACUAAACUAAUUAGAAAAGAUUUAAAUUCCUACCAUUUCUUCUUUCUUAUUAAUUAACUUCAUAAUACGACAUAGUUUAAAAUAUUUUAGAAAUUUCACCCAAGAUCUGUACAAUUGCAAUAAGCAAUUAAAAAAGAAAAAAAAAGCACCGCAAGUACACAAUUUAAAAAACCGCUAUAAUUAAAUGUCUAUAUAUAUGUCACAGUCAAAACUCUUUUCCUAUGUCUCCACCCCUUCCUUCCACCCCCUUUCCGCUCCUGCUAAUUUAUAUACUAUACUAUAAAUUUUCCACGUCCAAACUACCUGCUACCAGAUACUAAAAUUUUCCACGUCAAAACUAGUUCUAACUGCUUUAAACAAGUCAAAAGUAGUGAUAACCGGAAAAGAGUCCUGAUUGUAUCAUAUAGAUAGUUCCAAUACAUUGUAGGCAAAAUCUUCGUUAGAUAUAUAUAUAAUGAUAUAGGAAUCUAUUUUUUUUAAUAAUAUUUACGUUCAAAUUGAGGAUUGGCAUAAAACUUAAUUAAAGCCAAUUUAUUUAUUAUUUAAUUAAACAUAUUUAUUCCAAAUUAGAGAGUUAAAAUCUCAAAUUAUCCGAUGUUCCUUUUUAACUUUAUUUAUUUAUUUAUAGUAUUAGAGCUCUUAACUUAAAAAUUAAUAUUAAGGUAGAAAACAAUAAAAAUAGUAAAUAUAGAAUUUUGGGUAAAAAUUAAUCAAGACAAUAACAUAUCUCAUUAAAACUUAUAUAAUCUUAUUUUAUUUAAAUAUUAAUAUUCAAAUCAAUUACGAAGUUAUUAUUUUUAUUUUAUAUUUUAAUAUGACUUCAAUUAAAAAGUUAAUAUAUAUUUUCAUACUUAACUACUUGAUUAAUUUUUAUUCCAUUGAUAAUAAAUAUCAGAAAUAGAUAAUACAAAAGAUAGUUAUUUGACUAGGCAUUAGAUUUAGAUUGACAAUCGUAGUCGGUAGUUAAUAUGAUGACAAUAUUUAAAAUUAUUUAUUUAAAAUUAAAAACAUAUACAUUCUAUUACCUCAUAAAUUCGAAUAAAAUAAAAAACCUUUUCAAAACGGAAUUAAACAUAUUAUUAGCAAAAUCAUUUUAAUUUAUUAAUAAAAUAUAGUACUUUGAUUUCCUUAUACACGUUGCUUAGUGUACCAGUUACCACCGACAUCUCUCUUUCUGUCAUCAUUGAUUUGACAUAUGGAAGAAGAAGACAGCAUAGUUUAACAAAUCACCCACACUGACAUUUAUUUUAUAUAUUUUAAAUAAUAAUAAAUCUCAUUUUCAUGACAUACUUAUUUAAUUACAUGACGGGUCGAAAGUAUUAAACACUUUAUUGUGUACUUAAUUACUAUUACGUAAUAAUAGAUAUAUUCUUAAAAUUAGUUGCGCUAAAUUUCAAUUAACUAUGUAUCAAUAUUAUAGUAAUUUAAUUAAAAAAAAGAAUUCGAGUUGUAACGGUUUUCUUCAAUUGAUAAUUAUAUCUUUAUCGACAUAUUUGUAUCGUUCUAUUAAUUAUUAUUAAAAAAAUCGAAUUAUAAUUCAAAAACAAUAAUUUGAAUAAUGAAUUCAUAAAUGUCAGUUUUUUUUUAAUUAUUAUAAAUAUUUUCCUAAUUCAAAUAAUGUAUUAUGUUUUAUUUUUAGUGAUAAAUGUGAAGAUCUUGAGGCACGUAAAUAAUCAUUCCUAUUAGAGCUAAGAAUUAAAUUAUUACACUUAGUGAUGUGAUGGUUGUUAUUAAUUAUAUUUUGUAGAUUUAUUGUCUAUGGUUGUAUUUUAAAUAAUUUGACGUUAAAACUCUCGACGAACAUCAAAGAUGUCUCAGUGGACAGCAAGUUCAAAUCCGGACAAGCAUCUUGAGUAUAUAUGUGCUUAUUUGUAUUUAUUGAAAAAGAUUAUUAUAUUAGAUAUUACUCAUCUGUAUAAAUUGGAAUGAAACUCUGUCAAAUGACAACCAAGCCGCACUUAAUCAGUAAGUAGGGUAAGUAUGGGGUUUCCUCAAGAGAAAGCUUCUUGUCUUCAGUAGUGAGAAAGACACGGGCUGUUCAAAGUAACAACUUGAAAAGUCCAACUGCAGACCUAAGGCCUACCCUUUUCAAGCGAAGGCUUGAAGCUUACUCCACCACGCUGCUUCUAUGCGGAUUGGUUAAUGUAGAUUUUCAACCGAGACAUAUAGGUCACAAUAUGAAUUAGAUACAUUGAUUAAGCAUUGCUCUAAAUCGAACCCGCAACCUCCUCUUAAGAUUUACCUUAUUCUAGCCACUGGGGCAUCUCAACUCUUACUCCUUUCAAUACCUAGAAUGCCCACCUGAAAGGAAGUUUUAACGCGUCUAUAAUUUAAAAUAAACAUAUAUGAAUAAAGCCUUUAGUUGUGAUAGCUAAGUUGUUAUUUCUAUUAUAUUACACAUUCACAAAUAUAUGAUUUA